UUUGCUCAAAUUUCCCAUAUUUCUCUUGCAUUUCUGCUUGCAGACAUCUUUCGAGUGCUCAAAAUGGUUUACCUAAGUCGUCCUUGGACUCCCGCCAUUAACCCUUUCUACAUUGGCCCCUUUCCGAGAUGCGCAGUUUGUCCGUGCAACUUCGACAUUUAUAAAGGAUACACACCCGGUGGCUGGCACAGUCGCUGCUAUAGCAGCUAUUGACAUGGAUGCGGGAAAAUCAAGAAUACGUCCGGGAACCAAUCUGAGUGAACUUCGACACGGCACACCAAAUCACCUCUCAUGCAGCAGAUAUGUACAAAAAUAAUAAAAUAGACUUACCAUCAAAGUGUGGGAAA